CCAUGUUCCUUUUGGACGCGGAAGACGUGAUCUGGCUGUGGCAGGGCUGGCUGCCGUCAGUGGACGAGUCCGGCUCCGGCUCCGGUUCCGGUUCGGACGCGGACGACGCGGAUGUUGCCUUGGGCGGCGGAAGCGGAAGUAGCGGAAGCAGAAGUGGCGUGCGGUGGCAGGCGGAGCGACGCGCCGCCAUGGCUACUGCGCUCGCCUUGUGGCGCGCCAAAAAGGGGGCGUCGGAGUCGAAGGGGGCGGAGUCAGGUGUGCUGCUUGCCUAUGCCGGUCUGGAGCCUCUACAGUUCACUAACCUCUUCCCCGAUUGGACCGAUCGCGAUGAUAUUGCCGAGAUCAAUAUUGCCGACGGAAGGAAGCCAGGAGAGUGGUUGUCAGUAGAGGCAGAGCUGGCUCGCCUAACAAGGUCGACCUACCCUCUGGCUCAGCUGCUGCAGCGACCUCUGCCCGAGGGUGUUGACCCCACCCGACUUGAGAACUACCUCUCGCCCAACGAUUUCCAG